GGAACGCACACACAGAGGACGGAUAACCCUUGGUCGCUUUCACAUAUGCAAUUUUAUCACGUUCCCUUUUUUUGGUUUGGCCGAUCACACUAACAUACAUCUGUACAUAAGUUUAGAGAGUGCUCCUUCUGGAGACGAACAAAAUGGGAAAUUCUAGGGUUUUGGCUUUGUACAUCACCAUAUGUGUGGUUGCUUUUAUCAUUUCCAAGAUCACUAUAGCAGUCCUCCUAUACUUCAGAUGGAAACGAAAGCAAAUGAUUGUUCGAGAUUUAUCAGAAGGAGGGAAGCUGAUAAUGUUUAGAUCAUCUAAGAUGAAGUCAUUAAACUCAGAUGUAUUCACGGAGAAAGCUAUGAAGUUAAGCAAUAAGGACAUAAUUGGAACUGGAGGUUACGGCACAGUUUAUCGUUUAAACAUGGAUUCGUCAUUGUCUUUUGCGGUAAAGAGAUUGAACAAAGGAAGUGUUGAGAGAGACGAGGGUUUCCAAAGAGAAUUGGAAGCAAUGGGAGAUAUUAAACACAAGAACAUUGUUACCCUUCAUGGUUAUUAUUCAACUCCUUCAUAUAAUCUUCUCAUCUAUGAGCUAAUGCCUAAUGGGAAUUUAUCAUCAUUCCUCCAUGAUAGAUCGACGGAGACAACAACCCCGGUUCUUGAUUGGGCUUCGAGGUACAAAAUAGCUGUGGGGAUUGCAAAAGGUUUGUCGUACCUUCACUUUGAUUGCAUCCCUCAUAUAAUCCAUAGAGACAUCAAAUCGAGCAAUAUAUUGCUGGAUGAGAAUAUGGAGGCUCGAGUUUCGGAUUUUGGGUUGGCGACAUUGAUGGAAGCAGACAAGACCCAUGUUUCGACUUUGGUUGCAGGGACUUUUGGUUAUUUGGCUCCUGAAUACUUUGAUACCGGUAAAGCUACAAGAAAGGGAGAUGUUUACAGUUAUGGUGUUGUCUUGCUGGAGCUGUUAACAGGUAAAAAGCCAACAGAUGAAGCAUUUAUUGAGGAAGGGACCAAGCUUGUGACCUGGGUAAAAUCUGUAGUGGAAGAGAAGAAAGAAGAAAUGGUGAUUGACAGUAGAUUAGAAUGUUGUUCAAUGGAGGAGGAGGAAGAAGUUAAAAAUGUAUUCUCGAUUGCAUUAAUGUGCUUAGAGCAUGAACCUUCAAAGAGACCUUCAAUGGCUGAAGUUGUUAAAAUGCUAGAACAAAAGAAGAUGUCAAAUCAAACCAACUUAACUAGACCUCUGGCAACUGAAUCCUUCAAUGAAGGAGAAACUGGAUCUUUACCAAAGAAAACAUCGAAAAGUGCCCAUGCUACAUUACUAGACUCAAUUGUCGUCGUCCCACCAUCAGACAAGCCAACCUGAAAAAACAUUGGAUUUUUUUAGAAACAAUGAAGGAUUAUCGGAGAUAGUUAGUUGGGUUUGUUUGCGUAUACUUACUAGCAUUUUGGUUGGAUUGAGCCAAGUGAGGAAGAUGACAGUCCCUUUGUUGAGAGAUCGUCCUUGAAAAAAGCUGCGGAAAGUGGAGAGAGCAGAUUCAUCUAUAGGAAUAGGCGAAACUAAUCUCGGGGAAAUUGCAUCGUUUAAAGCAUCCCAAAAGGUUUUUCCAUCAACAUCCCUCACAAGAACAAUCUGCAGUGAUUUCUCAAUUGGGUCCUGGAAUAUAGUGU